AUGCCUGCUAUCUGUUGUUGCUGUGAUUCGUCGGCCGCUGUAGCAGUAAGAGAAGACUUCGCAACUCGGGACACCAGCAUUGGCAACUCCAUCAUUGAUCCCAGCUUGACACGCGCUUUCAUGAAUGUUCCUCCACAUUUCGCAUCGUCCAGCCUGGCAACUGCAGACUGGCCGACGGAAGCCGCGAACCGGCUGCAGCUUCGGGCGCCUUCCGCAUGUAAAGUGUCCGCCGAGCAUUGUGUGCUACAGUACGAUACCACCAAAGCACUAUUGCUAGUCGUGACGUCCACAUCCACGGACGACAAUCGUGACGGUGAGCAAAUACUGGACAUCAUCGAUCCAGAUGACAUGAUUGGGGUCAAACUGGAAAUUCAAACCACCGAUCGUUUCGGUGCAGCUAGAUCGACUUCCCAAGCGAGCGCUCAAGGGGAAGAGAACACAUUCAUUCGAGCCACCAACGAACCUACUACUGACGGCUUGGCUGAUUCUCGAGGCUCCGCGCUUUUGACGCUCUUUGUCUACCCUCGUAAGGAUCCCUCUAAACCAUCAUUCUUGAAUCGGUACGGAGUUACGACCUACAAACCGAAACCUGAUCCCAAGUACGCACGUCCGACCGCUGACACUUUAUCUAAACUUGGCUUUCGACAUGCGCAUCAUCGCACGUUUAAGUUGGCUCCUACCGAAGACCUACAGGACUGUUCGACCGUGGUGGCUGCCCUACGUAAGCUAUGCUCCUCUCAGCAACCGAGCGCUGUUUCUCCUCUGCGUUAUUUGAUCGUUGUCAAUCCCCAAUCGGGUCCGAAGCGCAGUGGAGGAAAACUAUGCGAAACACAGGUUCAGCCCAUGCUGGAGCAGGCUGGAAUUGAAGUCGAUGUUUGCAUCACGACGCAUCCGAAUCAUGCUCAGGAACGCAUGGCGAAGUCGUCUACGGAAGAGGAUAUUGCUGGCUACGACGGUUUAGUGCUCAUGGGCGGCGACGGUGUUGUGCACGAAGCAUAUAAUGGGUUGUUCGCCCGCGCUGAUAAGGACGAACUGCUAAAAAAACUUAAGAUCGGUGUGAUUGGAUGUGGUUCCUGUAACGGCUUUUCGACGAGUUUGGCCCACGGUAGUCACGAACGUUACGGAAUUGUGGCCGAAACGUUCUUAGUGGCCAAGGGCCAGUCCUGUUGGCACGAUACGUCGCGGUACCAAACUACAACCAAAUCCUAUUCUUCAUUCCUGACCUUUUCGUGGGCAAUUAUUGCCGAUAUCGAUAUCGAAUCGGAAGUUUUGCACUGGCUGGGCGAACCUCGCAAUGAUAUUUGGGCCGUCUUGCGGAUAUUGGCCCUGCGCCGCUACCAAGCUACCUUUUCGUAUUUACCCGCCACGGAGGCGACCGCCGAUAACACCAUCACGAUACCGGCCUUGUCGGAUCCAGUCCCCUCAACCUGGACUACUGUGGAGGAUGGUUUUUAUCUCUUUUGGGCUUCCCAUGUCACCCACGCCGCCAUGCACACGUAUCAUUCGCCGAAUUCAAAGUUUCAGGACGGAAUCUUUGAAAUCAUGAUUGUACGUGGACGAGUUUCACGAUAUCGCAUGACUCGGAUUCUGUUGGCGCUGGAAUCGGGCAAUCAUGUGGGCAUGCCCGGCGUGGAGUUUGUGCAGUGUGUAGCCUAUCGUCUAGUGAAGGAAACUCCAGGAUCGUUCAACGAUAUCGACGGAGAGGCCGUGGAGGACGGGCCAAUUCAAGCACAAGUUCAACCCCACUCGGUUCAA